UCCCGAACGUGCCCACCUUGUGCCAAGCUGCAUUUGUCCAUGUUGGUAACGGGCUUACGUAAUAAUACCUAAAUCUUCUUUUGUUAUUCUGUAAUAUGUCCUUUCCUAAUCCUGUUAGCAAUAAAAUACGUAUACCUCAAAGGUAUACGUAUUUCACAGCUACAGCACUGUGACAAAGUAUAUUUUAUUAUUUAUAGCAUCAGUUAUAGUGUCAGUUCGACACUAAAUUCAGAAAGUAUGAAACCAAUAAUAGAGUAGUGCUGCACACGCUUGCAAUUCUGCUCACGUCGCGAAUACUAUUUGCUUAAUAUCAAACAAAGGCAAUAUAAAAGGCAGCGAGCACGCUUUGUUAUAAGCCGGGGAAUACGACCGCGCCCGGCACGGCGGCGGCAGGCGUCAGUCAGGCGUGGGCACGCCGAGCGAGCAGACGGGUCGUGUACGCGCGUGCGCAGCUCCCCGCACCCCAGCCCCGCACACGCCACGCGCGCACGCCGCCGACACGCCCGCACGACAACAUGGACAUCACGCGCAACUCUAUACUGCGCAUCAACGACAAGAAAACACUACAACUUGUACAAGAAAUUAAGAAAGACGAUUGUCUCUGGAACACCACUCUCGACGACUACCCCAACAGGGCGAAGAGAGCCAAGGCCGCCGAGCGAAUAGCAAGAGCACUAAAUGUGCCGAAUUUUGAAGCCAGACAUGUGUUGAUGAAACUGAAAAAUUUAAGGAACUCCUAUUGCCAGGAAUUGAAAAAGAUAGGACACAGCAUUGAGAGGACAGGCUCCGAAGAUUCGCCUGAGAAUUACAGACCUAAGGUGCAAUGGUUCGCUAUAAUGGACUCGUUCAUGCGUCCGCACUUGCAGUCUAAAAACGUCAUGCUUGUCAACCAACGAAGGUAUGAAGACGCAGCGGUGAGAGUGAAGCUGGAAUGUGAAGACAGCAACCAAUCAGUUCAGGAGGACUGGUCGCUGCAGCACAGCGAGGCCGCGGCGCCGGAGACCAGCUACUCGUAUGACGUCAGCUGCGACAACGACGAGGGCUCGGCGGACUCGCAGCUGAGCAAGCGGCGCCGGCUGUCCCAGUCCUGCGACCAGGCAGACAACAUAGACACCACCAACAACAUAGAACAAGCAUAUCCCAACCUAUCCAAAGUCCAGAACGAUGUACUCACCGGAGUCACUCACCUACCGAGGCAUGAAGACUUGUUCGAUAAUUUCGGUAAAUAUAUCGCCUCAUUGCUGAGGUGUCUGCCAGAAGACCAGGCUCUGAGGCUGCAGCCGGAGAUAGUCAACAUGAUCAUCCAGGUCCGGAUGAAGGACGCCCUGAAAGUGGAGAACAGUCAGAAUCUGGAGAAGAUAGACAGCAGCAGCGCACUGGACUCCGAUUGACGAAUAUAAUACUUUUUAAUUGUUAGGGUCGGCGUAGAGCUCGCGGAGAACAGCGUGACGAAAUGCGUUAUGCAUUUAGUUGUCAUUUUUGCCACACAUCUGUGAACUUUAUGAGUCAAGUUUUAAAGUGUGUUUUUGCGUGUCAUAUAGAAAUCACUUCCACUGCAAGACUCCAUGUUGUGCCAAACACUGACUUUACGUAACUCGAUAACCUAAGUUGUUUUAACUUAUUUUAUCAUUUUAUAGUGAUUACUUGAGACAGUGGGACUAAGUCCCGUCAAAAUAAUAAUUAACUUACAUUCCUAGUUUUUUUAGUAUUUUCUUAGUUAAUAUCCUAAGUGUGAUAUGCAAUUUCAUUAGUAAUGUAAAGUUGUCGUCGACUGACCUUAGUUGUAAGCUUGUUGAAUUACAAUUGGACAAUUACGGUCGCUGAUAAACAAGAUGUGAGAUGUUUUGUAUUUUUGGUGAUUACAAAUUGUUAACGAAA